UCAGGAUUAUCGAGAGAAAAAGUCGAGCUACCGUAGGGGUGUCUAAUAACCUUUUAAAACAACAUAAGUUGUUCAUAAAAUAAGCUUCUGUUAACGUGUCGGUGUUGUUAGUACGUCUUUCACAAGUUAAAAUAUGUCAACCCCCGCCAGAAGAAGACUUAUGAGAGAUUUUAAACGGCUACAAGAGGAUCCUCCAGCUGGUGUUAGUGGUGCCCCAUCUGAAAACAACAUCAUGGUGUGGAAUGCAGUCAUAUUUGGCCCUGAAGGAACUCCUUUUGAGGAUGGUACAUUUAAACUGAUUGUAGAGUUCACAGAAGAAUACCCCAACAAACCCCCCACAGUGCGAUUUGUGUCAAAGAUGUUUCAUCCAAAUGUCUAUGCAGACGGCAGUAUAUGUUUGGACAUCCUACAGAAUCGUUGGAGUCCCACCUAUGAUGUAUCCUCUAUUCUUACAUCUAUUCAGUCUCUGCUUGAUGAACCAAACCCCAACAGUCCAGCCAACAGUCAGGCAGCCCAGCUCUACCAGGAGAACAAGCGGGAGUACGAGAAGCGUGUGUCUGCCAUCGUAGAACAAAGCUGGAGAGACAGUUGACCUGACAAUCUUGAUAGCUGCUCUCUCCAUUGUAAAGCUGUGUGUGCUGCAAGUUUUAGUGGAGUACCUCUUAAUUUUUGGGCCCCCCAAACUUUUUGAUUUUAAGCUUUUAUGCACUUUACCUUAAACUUCCCUUCAUAGAAUGUUUUUUUUCUUUCUUACCCGCAAGGAGGGAUUUAUUUUUUCUAUACUAUCCCCCUUUUCCAGUCCAUCAGGGGAAAUGUGCUGAAUCUUGCCUUGAUGUUUUGUCAAUAUGGACUUGUGGGCCAUUACCCAAAAAUUCUGGUGUGUUCUAACUUGCUGUAACAACUCCCCAUGACUUAUUAUGUUAAAUGUCUUGGAGGGUGUAUCAGUUAAGCCAUGGUUCCUCUUCUGUUGUGACCCUGAUCUGUUCUGUAAAGUCUGUUUUCACAAGGCAGUUUGUCUGGGCUCCAGUGUGAUCACCCCACCUUUCCUUGGGAGAAUGAGCAGCCUGAGCAUCACGGACUACAACUAAAUCAGACAUUUUCACACCAUGUCUUUUGCUGUGUUGUGAACUCUGUUACAUGCAUGACAGUAAGAGUGUAUUCACGUUCCUGUUCAGUACUCAUGUAUAUAAGAAACCUGCAACUGAAUUUAUGUACAGAUUUUGCACUGGUCGUCUCCCAUGUCAUUUUUUUCAGCACUUGUAAAUAAAAAAAAAGGCCAAUUCAUCCUUAUGUGGUAAGUU